UCCAGUACUCUGGUAUUAUAAGAAGGAGCUACAGCAAAUUGAAGCGAAGAAGAAGAAGAAGGAGGAGAAGAAGGUUGAAGUUGAAGUAAUUUACUAAUUUUCAGUUGCAGUUGCAUCACUGAAAGGAAUUGGACGAGAAAUUAGAGAAGGUGAGUGGGAAUGAGCAUAGUAGGGAAGGAGAGAAUAGAGGUGAUUGCUCAGAGCAUCGGAAUUACGAACUUGUCCCCCGAUGUCGCUCUCUCCCUCGCUCCCGACGUCGAAUACCGCCUCCGCGACAUCAUGCAGGAAUCUAUCAAGUGCAUGCGCCACUCCCGCCGCACCACUUUAACCGCCGACGAUGUUGACAGCGCCCUCUCCUUGAGGAACGUCGAGCCUAUAUAUGGAUUUGCAUCUGGUGGUCCUUUACGUUUCAAGAGAGCUCUCGGACACAGAGAUUUGUUCUAUAUUGAAGAUAAGGAUCUUGACUUAAAAGAUGUCAUUGAAGCUCCUCUACCGAAAGCACCACUUGAUACUGCGGUCACCUGCCACUGGCUUGCAAUUGAAGGUGUACAGCCUGCUAUCCCGGAAAAUGCUCCUGUAGACGUGAUUUCAGUUCCUGCUGAAGCCAAAAAGAAUGAACAGAAGGAUGAUAACCUUCCUGUUGACAUCAAAUUACCCGUUAAGCAUGUAUUGUCUAGAGAGCUUCAGCUGUAUUUUGAUAAAGUGACUGAGCUAACUUUGACUCAGUCUGAGUCGGUUCUGUUUAAGGAAGCAUUAGUAAGUUUGGCCACUGAUUCAGGACUUCAUCCAUUAGUUCCUUAUUUCACAUGCUUUAUAGCAGAUGAGGUUUCUCAUGGUUUGAGUAAUUUUUCUCUUCUAUUUGCCUUGAUGCGAGUUGUUAAAAGCAUUCUGCAAAAUCCUCAUAUUCAUAUCGAACCUUAUCUGCACCAGUUGAUGCCAUCUGUUGUCACCUGCCUUGUGGCCAAGAGGUUGGGUAGUAGAUUGGCAGACAACCAUUGGGAACUUAGAGACUUUACAGCUAACCUGGUUGCCUCAAUUUGCAAAAGGUUUGGUCAUGUUUAUAGUAAUCUACAGUCUAGGUUAACAAAAACAUUGGUGAAUGCAUUCUUGGAUCCCAAGAAAGCACUGACACAACACUAUGGUGCAAUUCAAGGGUUGGCAGCAUUAGGGCCCAAUGUGGUUCGCCUUCUUUUGCUGCCAAAUGUUGAACCAUAUAUAAGACUUCUGGAACCAGAGAUGCUUCUUGAGAAGCAGAGGAAUGAAGUCAAAAGGCAUGAAGCAUGGCGUGUUUAUGGAGCCUUGCUGCGUGCUGCAGGUCAGUGUAUUUAUGAUCGACUGAAAAUAUUCCCAACUUUCCCGUCUUCUCUUCCUCAUGCUGUCUUGAAGACCAAUGCAAGAGUUCUUAUGUCUUCACCUUAUAAACGCAAAGCAAGCCUUGAGCAGUUGGAAGAGCAGCCACCUUUGAAGAAAACUAAUACUGAUGGUGAGGUUGGUGUGGUUCUGACAAAUUCCUCACCGUCUCAUAAGCAAGGGGAGGCAGGGACUCAAGCCUCUUCAGUUGAUUCAAUCAUUGGCUCAUCAUCGGCUUCUGAACAGAUGAAAAAUGACACAAUUUCUAAUGCCGUAGUUAGAAGUAACAAGGUUGAUACCCGGUCAUGGAAAACAUUGGCUGCCCUUGCCCAAGUUUGGAAGGAUGAGCUGAAUUCUGGGCGUAUCCUGGUAUCAUUGUUUGAGUUGUUUGGUGAAGACAUUCUUCCCUUCAUUCAGGCCCCUGAGUUGUAUAUGUUCUUGUAACUUUGCAUGUAUUAUAGCUUUGCUCACAAUUAGAUCAUGGUUAACCCCCAGAUAUUAAUUCCGGGAGCAAACUAACAUUGCUCCUUGUCCUUGUUAUAAAAUAUAAUUUUUCUUUUCCAGUUAAUGAAAUUUCUAGUUCCUUGUUA